AUGGAUUCAAAAUCUCGAAUUGCGCAAGAAAAGCUUGCUGGGCUGGAGAAAGCAUCGGCACCGUUCGAAGAACAAAUUCGUGAAGCUGGAAAUUUUGUUGAUAUUGAUUUGGAUAAGGUUGCUACUGUUCUGGAUCAUCAAAAACACGAAGAGAAAGCCUUCAAGAAGAAAUGCGCGGCAGGUUCAUUUCAUGGCAGAGAGGAAUGGCUUCUACGAUGGCUUUUGAAGAAAUUGCAGUCUCCCAAGGAUAAAACUGCGAGAACCACACCGUCAUCAUGGCACCUGUUCCGUCUAUUGUUGAAUGCGAUCCCACUAGCGAAUACUGCACGCAUGCUCACCGAAAAGAAGUUUAUCGUAACCCUACAACAGACAUUACAGGAAGCACAGGAGAUCAGCGAAAUUGACGAUUCUGGCAUGGAGGUACACAAUGAUUCAAUGUCAGGGUCCGAUUCGGGAGAAACAUCGAUUAUCUCGAAGAAGCGCAAACGGACCGGGGAACUAGUCACCCAUACGUAUCAUGGUCCGGCCAAGGGCCUUCGAGCUUUAGUUAUGGCGAUUCAUACUGCUAUCAAUAGUAUCGUUCGAUCCACCAAAGUCUCUUCCUCGCAAAGAACAGCAGGGAAUGGUAGAAGUCCAGCCUUUACCACGGAGUACAUGCGAGCGGUCGUACGAACCACGCCCGAAGCGUCCGCCAUGGUUCUAGGCUCAUGGAUGUCUCUUUGCCAGAUGAUUAUAAGAACUGAAGACCUGAUGCAAUUUUCUCUUCAUUGCUCAGAACCUUUACUAGCAUUGUUGAAAAUGACGAAGGUAGAUUCAACCACACAGGAUUGGAAGGAAAUUUUGGAGAAAUUGAUUGCUCGAAAUAUCAUCAUUCCUUCAAAAGCGAGCGCUGGCGAGAAGCAAGAUUCUACAUUGUUACAGAGUUUGACGAGAGUCCUAGUUCUGCAAGAUGUCGCAAAUGCUCCUAUUCUUUUUGACAUUGCAAUUCGGUCUUUGCAGUCUAAUGGAGACCGCCGAAGACGACCAUCAGAUAAUGCCUGGCUUCAGACAGUAUUUACAACCUUAAAAUCUGCCAUGCCUCCAACCAAAACAGUGGCGCAUAAUUCUGCCAUCCGCGAAAUACUUCAGCGCUCCAUUCAACACGAAGUGGAUCUUGGCCUCCCAGAACUCAAAAGUUUAACGGCGGAGUAUGUUGUGCCUGAGGGAAGCACGGAUUGGUACCUUCUAGAAACCGUGAUGAAACUCGAUGCCAAUGUCUUCCUCAUCGCCGAUAGCGACAAGAAUUUAUUGAACGAUGUAUUGGAGCGAGUUACUAACGUCUACUUCGAAAUUACCUGGCCCGAACAAUCUCGACAUAUUGUAUCCGAGAUUGUCGUUCCUUUGAUGGAUGAAUUUGCCAAAGCUCGUGAUCUCUCGGGAUUUGUGCGCCAUUGGUACUCUCAGCUUGUUAAGUUUGAGCAAACACGAAAGGAAGAUGCAAUGUUCCCGGCGGAUGCCUUUUUACAUUUAGUUGAUUGGCUAGCUAUCGAGAUCGUAAACCAACCUAACGCUGUCGUUACCAUCCUUGAAGCUAUUGCAAAUUCAAUAUCUAGAGAAGAUGUCGUAGAUAUCAUCGGAACACGUCUGUAUCAUGUCAUCUUUGAUAACGGGAAUCUUGGCAAAUUGAAUGGCAGAUAUAGCUGGCGAGCUUGGAGGGUUUUGACUCGAUCCUUCCAUUGGAUGCAACCUCUUCAUCUUGAAGAAAUUUCUGAGCUGUGGGAGCAGCAAGCGAGCCCCUUUACCAUAUUGUCCGCCCAUACGUUCGGUCAGAAAGGAUUGGAUAAUUUGGAAAUCUUUCGGUGUGCAUGCUCAGCAUGGAAUGCGUCCGAAAUUGGAACGAAAUUGGAAAGUCUUUCAUCACCAGUGGUUUUGCGUUUUCUUGAACAACUAGGUCCUUCUAUUGGUGCUUUGAUUGAUCAAAAGUGGCAAAUAAUGAAAAGUGGCCUAUUCACCUCAACACGUUAUCACGAGGCGCCCAAUGGACUGCAUGCUUCUCUGGCUAAGACCUCUACAACUGAGCAUGUAUGGAAUCAUGAAGCAUUCGCCGCUUUAUGGUUUGGAGUUUUGCGUCAAGAUUGUGUACUCAACCAAUCUAGCAUCAUAAGUCGAUUUAUUGAUGUCCUACUGAGCUGUCAAAGUCAAGAAGAAAACCCCCUCACUGCUACUCUUAUAUGUAAUUAUGCUGUCAUCGAAUCUCUAACACGACUUCCAUUGGAAGUGAUCAGCAAGAAGUACAGAGAACGGAUUAUGCAAAGUUGGUCAACAGAUGUCUUGGCACAGUCCCCUGAGUGUUAUCCCGCUGUGCUAGCAUUGAAAUUGAAGAUCAUGCAUCGCCCUACAUUUUAUACAGGCAUGAAAUAUAAGGAAUUCGAAGAAAUUGAGAAAUUGAUCAAGAAAGUCGGGUUCGAGGAGAUGCCUAAGCGGUUGGAAACUCUUAUUACACUGAGAGAGCUUGUUAAGUUGACUUUGUCACAUGUGACUAGUAACUUGGAUCAGUCUCAAAAUCGCAAAUAUAUCUUAGACGCCAUAAGUUAUUUCCAGGAUAAACUCUCGAAAUACACUAGCGACGAGAAGAAGACCAAGGGGAGAAAACUUUGCCUUUCAUCUCUACAUCACACUAUCGUCAGCAACCAAGAUUUGACUAACCAUUGCACAUCCUUCAGAAAAUUUCUUCUCCUCCAACUGCAAAGGCGACUGAAAAAAAAACCUAAGAUAGACGAGGUUGGGAAUCAUAAGGAUGGUUCAUUAUCAAUUGUUGUUAUUCUUCAGGCUCUAGAUUCUUUGGGCGUGGAAUCAUCAGAGAUUGAACCUCUCGCAACAGAAAGUCAAGUAUAUAUUGCCAAGCUGAAUGAAGGGAAGCCAGAAGUAGAUGAUGUACGCCAACUGUUGCCGGAAUUCUUUGCUACUCAUGCGUCGAGCAACGAAGAUGGAAUCCUCCAUAUGUCUUUAGAGGCUUUUAUUAACACAUCUGCCGGCAGGGCUGGCAUAAAGAAAAAGAUGGAGACAAUUACCUCAGAAAUGGGCAACGCGGAAAAAUUACAACUGCUUCAGCGUUUAAUGGGCGAAGAACUGAUUGGUUUGACUCAACUGGAUAAGUUGGUAGCCGUCAAAUAUGUUAUUGGCGCCUGCGAUAAUGUCGGACACGAGCCUGCUAAUGCAAAGAAUUACCAAGGGUCAAUGGAUCUUUGUCUAGCAUACGAUCUGUUUUGCACGCAGAUUAUCAAGACCAAUUCAUACCGAGUAUUUGCUUUGCUAGGGGAAAUUAUGGAGAUGAUGCUGAAGACAAAACGUCGUGCCCUCUCCCAAUGGUCCAUUGAUCGCACUCUUGCAAUAGUUGCGAUAAUAUGCUCUAGCAAAGGACCUCUUCUUCCUACUUCACAAGCGAGCAAUAUCUUCAUUCGUCUGUGUACAUUAAUGAAGGUCGUUCUUACCAACCACCGCUUCCGUCUUGAGGGCCAUCUUCAUUCUGUCAUCCAAGUUCUACAACCUCUUCUCCGCUGCCUCUUUACAGCCCAUUCUCACACCUCUAAGCGGCUUCUUCAGGCCUUUACCCCGCCUCCCUGGCUCUCACAUUUUCAACCAAGCAUCACUUCAUCUUCCUCGAAUACUCUCUCUCCAAUAGCUGCCGAAUCUUUUACCCGUCUUCUCACCCUGAUCUGCGACCCUACACCUAAUUCCAUUUCUCAUUCAUCCGUGAAUAAUCUGACAUCUGCUGUCGCCAAAGCCAAAAAGAUUGCCGGUCAACAUAUGCACAUCAUACUACAGACAUACAUAAAAUUCAACCUCGAAAUGACAAUGAAGUCAGAAGUUAGAACUGCUAUGACACCUGGGUUGUAUGCGAUAUUUGGAUGUACGGAUAUGGAAGGUCGCAAGGCUGUGGUUGAUGGGCUGGAUUCCAGUGCUAGAGCAGUUUGGGGAACUUUGUAUAAAGAUUGGGCUCGAUUCGGAAAAUGGAAGGGUGCUUAA